AUGGCAAGCACUUUAUUAGAAAGCAACACUACCACACCGUCAGCCAAAUCGGCUCGACAAACUGUUGACCAAGUGGCCAUCGACUUCAACUCCAACACUACCUCCGGCUUGAAACAGGCCGAUGUACCAGGCUUGCGUGCGAUCUAUGGAUGGAACGAACUCGACCGACAAGAAGAAGAAUCCAUGUUCACCAAGUUUAUCCACUCAUUCACGGAGAACCCUCUCAUUCUACUAUUGCUCGGUUCUGCUGUCGUCUCUUUGCUCAUGGGUCAGAUGGACGACGCUAUCAGUAUCACUAUGGCCAUCAUCAUUGUGGUGACAGUUGCCUUUGUCCAAGAGUAUCGUUCAGAAAAGUCUUUGGAAGCCUUGAAUAAGCUUGUUCCUCAUUAUUGUCAUUUGGUGCGAGAUGGGCAAGUCUACACGGUGCUUGCAAAUGAAUUGGUGCCUGGCGAUCUUGUGCGGUUCAGUACCGGGGAUAGGAUUCCAGCGGAUUGUAGAUUGGUAUCAACUGUCGACCUGGAGAUUGACGAAUCGAAUUUAACGGGCGAGAACAAACCAAGACGCAAGCAUAUCAACGCUAUUGAUGCUCAUAGCUAUGCCGAGCUCGCCUUAUCAGAACGAGACAACAUUGCCUUCAUGGGUACUUUGGUGCGAAAUGGUUAUGGCACAGGAUUGGUGGUCGCUACAGCAAAGAGCACUGAAUUUGGUCAUGUCUUUGAGCUCAUGCAACAAGUCGAGAAUCGCAAGACUCCCUUGCAAGUUAGCAUGAAUGAUCUCGGCAAGCAACUCUCCUUCUUAUCCUUUGGUAUCAUUGCUGUCAUUGUCUUGAUUGGUCUUAUUCAAAGGCGUCCUUGGUUGGAGAUGUUCACUAUUGGAGUCAGUCUUGCUGUUGCAGCUAUCCCCGAAGGCUUACCCAUUGUGGUUACGGUCACCCUUGCCCUUGGUGUUCUUCGAAUGGCCAAUCGAAAAGCCAUUGUCAAGCAGCUUCCUUCUGUUGAGACACUUGGAUCAGUGAAUGUCGUUUGCGCUGAUAAGACCGGCACGCUUACUCGAAAUCAGAUGACGGUGACCAAAGUCUUUACCAUGGAUUAUCAAAAGACUUUUGACUAUGAGCAUGGUGCACCACCAACAUUAUCAGAUGCCCUAAAAAAGACGCUUCGAAUUGGUAACUUGUGCAACAAUGCAUACGUUGGCGAAGAUGGAAAGUUUAUUGGUCAACCUACGGAUAUUGCCCUUUUGGAUGUUGUAUUGCGUUCGGGUCUUUCGGAUGAGCGUGAAGCAUUUGAACGCUUAAGUGAAGUCCCAUUCAAUUCGGAUCAAAAGUAUAUGAUGGUGCAUUGUCGAUCCAAGAGUACAGAAGAAGAUGCCAUGUAUAUCAAAGGUGCUACCGAAGUUCUUCUUGAGAAGUGUACGACCUAUUACGUAUCCGAGACAUCUCAACCUGCUUUGACGUCCGAUAUUAAGGAUAUGUUGCUUCAACAUGUCUCUGCCAUGAGCUCGCAUGGUCUACGUGUCAUUUCAACGGCUAUCGGAAAGAGUGACAAUGCUUUUUGCCUUACUGGUUUUCUCGCUGUACAUGACCCACCUCGUGCAGGUGUUGCCGAGGCUAUCAGCAGCCUUCGUCGUGGAGGUGUAUCGGUGGCUAUGAUUACGGGUGAUUCUGAAGCAACAGCAUUAUCCAUUGCUCGCAAACUCGGCAUCCCUUCGAAUCCCAACAAGGCGAGCUGCUUGACAGGCUAUGAUAUUGAAAACAUGACCGAACGGCAAUUGCAAGAAAUGAUUGGCACCGUCUCCGUAUUUGCACGUACGACACCGAAGCACAAGUUGGCUCUUGUCAAGGCAUUCCAAGCCAACGGAGCUGUGGUUGCCAUGACAGGUGAUGGCGUCAAUGAUGCACCAGCACUCAAAAUGGCCGAUAUCGGCAUCUCGAUGGGCAAGAGCGGCACAGAUGUAUCCAAGGAAGCAGCUGAUAUGAUUCUCGUGGAUGAUGACAUUUCAACAAUUCUUCACGCAAUCGAGGAAGGCAAAUCCAUUUUCUACAAUAUCCAAAACUUUUUGACGUUCCAAUUGAGUACAAGUAUCUCGGCCCUUUCUUUGAUCGCCGUAUGUACCUUGCUUGGCUUAGCAACACCUUUGAAUGCAAUGCAAAUUUUGUGGAUCAAUAUCAUUAUGGAUGGUCCACCUGCUCAAUCUCUUGGCGUUGAACCCGUUGAUCCUGGUAUCAUGAAGAAACCUCCUAGAUCUCGCGGCGCUAACAUUUUAUCGUCAAGUCUUGUGUCUCGUGUGCUUACUGCUGCAGCAUUGGUUGUGUUCGGUACCAUGUUCAUUUACGUAUCCGAAUUGGAGGAUGGUCAAGUGACCAAUCGAGAUGCUACAAUGACCUUUACGACCUUUGUGUUCUUUGACAUGUUCAACGCUUUGGCUUGUCGUUCAGCAAGAAAGUCGAUCUUUUCGAUUGGAUUCUUUUCAAACCGGAUGUUCAACUUGGCUGUGGGUGGAUCGAUCAUUUCGCAGUUAUUGGUCAUUUAUACACCAUUCUUGCAAUCCAUUUUCCAAACUGAGCCGCUUUCAUUGUAUGAUCUUGGUAAGAUUGUGUUGAUUUCAAGUUCGGUCUUUGUGGUGGAUGAGAUCAAGAAAUGGUGGGUUGCCAAGGGUAUCCGAUUCAGCAAACAAAAUGGUCAUUACAAGUAUCGUCGUCAAGAAGAUGACAUUGACAUGGCAAGCAAUGCAGUUUAA